AUGGUUGAUUCUCAAGCUCACAAAUUUUAUAAUGACAUGAUGCAAGAAUUUGAAAUGAGUAUGAUUGGUGAGUUAAACUAUUUUCUGGGUCUUCAAGUGAAACAAUCUCAUGAUGAUAUCUUUAUAUCUCAAUCCAAGUAUGCAAAAGACUUGGUCAAGCGGUUCGGUCUAGAUGGAAAAAGUCAUGCUCGAACUCCCAUGAGCACAAGUGUCAAAAUUAGUGUAGAUCUCACAGGGAAAAAUGUUGACUCCACUCUUUAUCGGGGUAUGAUUGGGAGCCUUCUUUAUCUCAUUGCUAGUAGGCCUGACAUUGCUUUUAGUGUAGUUGCUUGUUAUUCUGAUGCUGACUGGGUUGGUAAUGAGGAUGAUAGAAAAAGCACGUCAAGCGGCUGCUUUUAUGUUGGCACAAAUUUGGUUGCAUGGCUAAGUCAAAAACAGUAUUCUAUUUCUCUAUCCACUGCUGAAGCUGAAUACAUAGCUACUGGAAGCUGCUGCACUCAAUUGCUCUGGAUGAAACAACUCUUAUCUAACUAUGGUUUUGCAUAG